CCGAGUUCAAAUUUUCAACCGUACCGGUUGAGUCCCGAGGCGGACGGGCGGCUGUGGCUUCUUAGAUAAGUGGGUGCAAGGCGAAGCCGGAAGUCGAUCUGUUGAGUAGAGUGUCACACUCCUGGGAAAAGCUGAUUCUUCUGCGUUAAGUGGGGGCAAUGUCACAGGUUAAAACUACUUACUCUUUUGAUGCCCCCACCAACUUUAUCAACUUUUCAUCUUUGGAUGCCGAAGAAGAUACUGAAAAUAUAGACUCUUGGUUUGAUGAGAAGGCCAGCUUGGAGAACAAAUUUCUUGGGAAGAAUGGAAUUGGAGAGCUUUUUCAGGGAAUGAGAAAAGCCAAAGUUCAGCAAGGCCGUGUCACACCUUUGAAGGCAGUUGACAACACUUACUAUAACGAGGCAGAAAAGGAAAAUCUUCAAAACCAUUCCGUUCCAUCAGAUGUGUGUUCUUCCGUGAUUGCAGAGGGUACUGUAUCAGGAAAAACUCCUGUCCAGCCUCAGAGGAGAUCCCUUAGACUCUCUGCUCAGAAGGAUUUGGAGCACAAAGACAAAAAACAUGCCCCUGUUGAAAUGAAAGCCAAGAGAUGCACCACUCCUGCCCGUGACCUACCACCUCCCAAAAGAAUGAAAAUGUCUCAUAAAAAGAAACCAGAGGAAGAGGAAGAAGGCAGUACUUCCAGAAAGAAGGAGAGAGAAAGUCUAGAGAAAGCCAAGGGCAGACGUACUGUGCCUGCUAUUCCACCUGCAAGGCAGAAGGUUCUUAAAAGCACCGAGGAGCAGGAGCUGGAGAAAAGACAGAAGAUGCAGCAGGAGGUGGUGGAGAUGCGGAAGAAGAAUGAGGAGUUCAAGAAGCUUGCUCUGGCAGGGCCAGUGCAACCCGUGAAGAAAUCCGUGAGCCAAGUCACCAAAACAGUUGACUUUCACUUCCUCACAGAUGAGCGAAUCAAACAAAAUCCCAAGAACCAGGAAGAGUAUAAAGAAAUGAAUUUCAUGUCUGAACUUCGAAAGCAUCCUGCAUCACCUGCCCGAGUGACUAAAGGAUGCACCAUUGUUAAGCCCUUCAAUCUGUCCAAAGGAAAGAAAAGAACAUUUGACGAAGCAGUUUCUACCUAUGUGCCCAUUGCACAGCAGGUCGAAGCCUUCCACAAACGAACCCCUAGUAGAUACCACCUGAGGAAUAAGAAGGACGAGAACUUGUUACCCUCCAGACCUGUGACCAAGAUCUCAAGAGACCCCCAGACUCCCAUACUGCAAACUAAAUACCGUGCGAGAGUUGUGACCUGCAAAAGUGCAGCAGAACAGGAAGCCGAGGAGCUUGAGAAGCUGCAGCAAUACAAAUUCAAAGCUCGGGAACUUGAUCCCAGAAUUUUUGAAAAUGGCCCUGUCUUGCCCAAGAUACCUGUUAAACCUCCCACUCAGCCUGUUGGUUUUGAUUUGGAAAUUGAGAAACGAAUUCAGGAGAGAGAAUCAAAGAAAAAAUCAGAGGAUGAACACUUUGAGUUUCAUUCCAGACCGUGCCCGACUAAGAUCCUGGAAGAUGUUGUGGGUGUUCCUGAAAAGAAGGUGAUUCCAGCCACUGUCCCCAAGUCACCAGUUUUUGCAUUGAAGAACAGAAUUCGAUUGCCCCCCAGAGAAGAUGAGGAAGAGGACAAGCCAGUCGUGAUACGAGCUCAGCCUGUGCCACAUUAUGGGGUGCCAUACAAGCCCCACAUCCCAGAGGCCCGAAACGUGGAGGUGUGCCCUUUCUCCUUCGAUACCCGCGACAAAGAGCGCCAGUUGCAGAAGGAGAAGAAAAUAAAAGAAAUGCAGAAAGGGGAGGUGCCCAAGUUCAAGGCACUUCCUUUGCCCCAUUUUGACACCAUUAAUUUGCCAGAGAAAAAGGUAAAGAAUGUGACUCAAGCUGAGCCUUUCUUGCUGGAGACAGACAAGAGAGGCGCCUAUAAGACGGAGCUGUGGAAGCACCAGCUGGAGGAAGAGCAGAAGCAGCAGAAGGAAGCAGCUUGCUUCAAGGCUCGUCCAAACACCGUCAUCUUCCAAGAGCCCUUUGUUCCCAAGAAGGAGAAGAAAUCAGUUGCUGAGAACCUUUCCGGUUCUCUAGUUCAGGAACCCUUUCAACUGGCCACCGAGAGGAGAGCCAAGGAGCGGCAGGAGCUGGAGAAGAGGACGGCUGAAAUGGAAGCCUGGAAAAUGCAGCAGUUGGAGGAGGCCAGGCAACAGGAAGAGCAGCAGCAAAAGGAGGAGCUGGCCAGGCUACGGAGAGAACUGGUGCACAAGGCAAAUCCGAUCCGCAAGUACACAGCCGUGGAGGUGAAGUCCAGUGAGUUGCCGCUGACUGUGCCCGUGUCUCCUAAGUUCUCCACCCGAUUCCAGUAGACGCUCUGCAUCACGCCGGGCGUAGAGACGGCCGCCUUUUCUCAGGCCACCCCUGCGUGGCAGUGGACCUGACAACUGUGGAUGCCAGUUUUCUUGAGAUCAUUGUACACAGUUUUGAGCUAAUGAGACACAGCUCAUUUAGGCUUUAAUAGACUUCUUGUAGCUGUCUUCCUUCCAACAUCAAUUGGUCCUUUACCAUUGGGCUUAGCUCUGACUAGAACUUCAAGUGCUUACUUUAGCACAGUCUAAUAAUCAUUUCUCUCCUAAUCUCCCUCCACCCCUCUUUUCUAUGUAUAUUUUAAGCACAAAAUAAAGGACGUUAAAUCCUGG